AUGGCUGUCAGUAGGAUGCCGGUGCUUUGGUUAUGGCUAGGUGCAGUCUUGACGUUGGGUGUUGCGGUUAGCCUGGCUGAAGGCUCGAGGUCUCCUCGUCACUACGAUUUCUUCAUAAGGACGGCUAACUACACCAGGCUCUGCCACCGGAAGAGCAUCCUCACCGUGAACGGCAGAUUCCCCGGGCCGACCAUCUACGCGCGCAAGGGCGACGUCGUCACCGUCGACGUUCACAACCAGGGCGACAAGAACGUCACCAUCCACUGGCACGGCGUGGACCAGCCGCGGAACCCGUGGUCCGAUGGGCCGGAGUUCAUCACGCAGUGCCCCAUCCAGCCCGGCGCCAGCUUCACGUACCGGAUCGUCCUCUCCUGGGAAGAAGGCACACUCUGGUGGCACGCGCACAGCGACUUCGACCGCGCCACCGUGCACGGCGCCAUCGUCAUCCGCCCCCGGCGCGGCACCAGCUACCCCUUCAAGAAGCCGCACAAGGAGAUACCAAUCUUCCUUGGUGAGUGGUGGAAGGGCAAUGUCCGGCAGUUGCUCGCCGACGCUCUUCAGACCGGCGGCGAGUUCCAGCCGUCGGACGCAAACACCAUCAACGGCCAGCCCGGUGACCUGUUUCCGUGCUCCAGGGACGGCACGUUCACGCUGCCCGUCGAGCACGGCAAGACCUACAUGCUCCGUCUCAUCAACGCGGCGCUGGCCAACGAGUUCUUCUUCGGCGUCGCCGGGCACCGCCUCACCGUGGUCGGGACCGACGCGUCAUACGUGAAGCCGUUCACCGUCGAUCACGUCUUCCUCGCGCCGGGACAGACCGUGACCGCGCUGCUCAGAGCCGACCGCGCGUCGCGCGGCCCGCGGAACACCCGGUACUACAUGGCCGCACGGCCGUUGUCGACCAACCCGCUCGUUCUCUUCAACAACAGCACCGCCACAGCCGUGCUGGAGUACACCGACGCCGCUGCACCCCCCAGCUUGGCGACCCCCGACUUUCCGAUUCUGCCGGACAUCAACGACUGCGCCGCGGCGGACGCGUACACGGCGCGGCUCCGGUCACUCGCCAGCGACGCGCACCCGGCGCGCGUGCCCCGGCGCGUGGACGAGCACAUGCUCGUCACCAUCGCGAUGAACGAGAUCGCGUGCGCGCCCGACGAGAACUGCCAGGGGCCCCGCGGCAACCGCCUCGCGGCGAGCCUGAACAACGUGAGCUUCGAGGCCCCGCGGCACACGGGCAUUCUCGGCGCGUACUACCACCACCGCUCGGCCGGCGUCGUGCGCGAGACAGACUUCCCAAGCAACCCGCCGCUGCCGUUUAACUUCACGGCCGACGACCUCCCGCCGGAGCUCAGGCUGACGGCGCGCGGCACGAGGGUGAAGGUGCUGGAGUACGGCACGGUGGUGGAGGUGGUGCUCCAGGACACGGCGAUCCUCGGCGCCGAGAGCCACCCCAUCCACCUGCACGGGUACAGCUUCUACGUGGUGGGAACCGGGUCCGGCAACUUCGACGACGGCAGGGACCCCGCCGGCUACAACUUGGUCGACCCGCCAUACCAGAACACGGUGGCGGUGCCCAGGGGCGGGUGGUCGGCGAUCCGUUUCCGUGCCGAAAAUCCUGGUGUGUGGUUCAUGCAUUGCCAUUUCGAACGGCACAUGGUAUGGGGGAUGGACACCGUGUUCAUCGUGAAGGAUGGGAAUGGAGCGGAGGAGAAGAUGAUGCCGCCGCCGCUAGGGAUGCCUAGGUGUUGA